GGAAUUCGUUGGUUUGUUGGUAAUCAUCGGAACAGCCGUUUCCGCAGCCCCAAUGGGGUACGAUUUGGGUGCACCAUCAGGGGCAGGAGAUUCUGCUGGAGCACUUUCGGUAGGAGGAGCCGGUGCAGUAAACGUUGACUUCGACAGCAGCGAGGGCGCCAUUACUGGUGUAGAAGGAGAGGUCCUACAUGUAGAUGGCACUUGUGUCAUUCCCGAAAUCACAAGAAAAGUAUACCUAUUCAACGUUCCUGAACAGGAACAGGCUGUCGGCCCAGCACCCAGUAUUCCUCCUCCUGCAGUAGAACACAACAUCCUCUUCGUUCGUCUUCCCGAAGAAGGACCAGCACCCGAGCCAAUCGUUCUUCCUCCACCAAGACAGAACAACAUUGUCUAUGUCCUCAACAAGCAGGAUGAACAAGUUCAGCGAGUGAUCGAAGUACCAGCUCAGCCACAGGCUGAUCCUGAGAUUUACUUCGUCAACUACCAAGAAGGAGAAAACCCGACUCUUCCCAUUGGAGUAGACCUGGAAACUGCUCUCAGUUCCGCAGCAGCAGCAGGCGGUCAAGUCCUCGGAGGACUUGAAGGUGCUGGAGGAAUUGCAGGUGGAGAAGCCGGCUUUGGUGGCGCUGGUGGUGUCGCUGGUGGAGAAGCCGGCUUUGGUGGCGCUGCUGGUGUCGCUGGUGAGAAGCCGGCUUUGGUGGCGCUGCGGUUUCGCCGGUGGAGAAGGAGGAAGUGGCUUUGGCAUUGUAAAUGGGGUGGAUUAGGUGGUGUUAAUGGAGCUGGUAUUGGUUUGGGUAUCAACGGAGGCGCCAGUGGACUUCAUUCGGGUCAAGGAAGUAGACCUUCAGGCCUGUACAACACGCCAUAAUUUAUUGUUCAUUAGCAAAAGGUGCACAUUAAUUAAGAUGCACCAGUAUUCCUUAUAAUGUUAUUUAUAACGUUCAAAAUAUAUCGAAAUAUCAAAAAU